AUGCUACCUACUCCAUCCAAUAGGCACAACUCCAUUUUCCUCUCAUCACAAUCUGAAAUCCCCAAAAAUGAAACCCAAUUGAAAACAGGGUGCCUCCCUUCUCCUUCUCACUCCACGGCGGCGACUCCACCGCCGAUGUCAUUCUCCUACCGGCUCUACGGCGGCACUACCCCGUCGCCCAAAUCCAAUCGAGAUCCCUUAAUUGGGAGUGAAGCAGUAGCGCCUCCACUCUUCUUUCUCACUCCCUUCGCUCUCCGCCGAUCCUCACUCCGGUUAGCGUCCAAGGCCGCCGGUUAUCUCUCCAGCGUCGCCAUUUACCUCCCUCGUUCUCCACGGCGUCUCGGUACCGUCAUCACCUCCUAUCUCCCCUUCUCUCUCACUUCGUCGAGCUCUCUUCCCGGAAGGCAACGACACCAUCGCCCAUCUCUCUAUCUUCCCUCGGCGCCGCCUACCUUGCGCUGCUGCUCCAGCAGCGCCGCUGUUCCGGCGGCUCUCCGAGCUCCGUCGUCACUCGACCCUCAUCGGACAGCCCCGUUUAGGAGAAAUAUUGAGGGAUCUAAUUGUAGAGGAGCUGUCCCUAGAUGCUACCAAUUGACAUCUCAUGGAGUGGUGACCGAGGAUGAUGUGGAGGACCUUCCAAAAAGAUCUUGCAAAUCCUCACUUUUGUUUCUUUACUUCUUUUAGCUCCCUAGUAAACUUUCUUUUGUGAAGUAGAUAUAUUUUCUCUACUUGUUCUAACUAUUGUAACACAUCAAUUUAAAAUUUCUUGCACUUUACUUUCA